UUCGAUAUGGUUUGAUAUCAGCGUAUGUAGCACGAAUGCAUACCGCGUGUGGUUAUGAUGAUGGCAGCGGAAACAAGUACCAAACCAUGCCAGAAUGACCUAGAGGUACACAAGACGGAAUCUGUUGCGUCUGCUUCGUCAUCAUCAUCUUCAUCCGCUUCUUCCCUUUCGACUGUAUCGGGCAAAGCACUACUGGCUCUGUCCAAGACAGAGCUCGAUCGGUUGAUUGCAGAGAAUAUGACCUCGGUGCUAAAGGCGCUCAAAAGACGUAAACAUGCUAAGAAGCACGCACGUUUGAGGCAGGCAGCUGGUGUUGCUGAAGCGGAGGAAUCAUUACACGAGUCUGGUGAGAAGACAGCAGAAGAACAAUCCAAUCUACCGACUGUACAAAUGGAAGAAACGAUGGAUCGUAAAGAGAAAAAAGAGUCACACGACCGUAAGGGAGGGCGAGGUCGUCCAAAAAAGAGUAGUCACAAAAACGAUGCGCACCAUGGUAUAUCAGAAUCAAAAACGAAAGUUCCAAAGGCUGGCUUGAAGGAAGUGCAACCGGAUAUGAAGCACGAAUGUACGGAAGGUGUAACACCAUCACCUACCAACGGAAUGGAUAAUGGGCAACCGGUGGAAAAAGCUGGCAAGGAAAACAAAACGGUCAACGCCUUCCAGCUGAUGAUGAAGGCACGGUCCAAAUGUAUCGGUUCCAACUCGCCCGGCAAAGAGCAGGAUGUUCGAGAGCUGAGUCCCACCCAGGAGCAGGCAAGGGAGAAGAAAGCCGCCCGCAAUCUGCAGCUGCAACAGUGGGCAGCCCAGAAAGGGGCGGGCAAGCGAAAGAUACAGGAAGAGGCUGAAGAAGAUUACAUCGAGCAUCAGAUGAAGAAGCGUGCCAAAAGACUGAAGAAACUGAUCGGCAACAUGAAUGGAGAAGCAACCGCGAAUGAGUCAACGGUGGUAGAAGACAAGCAAGCGAACGAUGAUGUGCUGGUAAUACCGGAUUCUCCCGUGAAGCCAAAAGUUGAACAACGAAAAGAAAAACCUAAAUCAUCGCUUAGGGACGCUUCUAGCGAAAAAACACCGAAAACAAAUGGUGAAGUAAAGCUUAAGAAAGGUCGUGGCCUCCCACGCCGGAAGAGUGCGGUGCAAGAAACGAUUAAACAGGAGAAAGCAACGGAUGCAUCGGACGAUGAGUUUCUUGUGCAGCUAUCCUCGCCGAGAAAGAAAAAGGAUAGUCUGUUGGGAUAUUUCGCCAAGCUGACGCCGGAAACGAAAAAGUCGAACCAUGAUUCGCCACCGACGGAAAACGCUCCGAAAACUCUCUCGUCGCAGAAUAGUUCUUCGGUUGUGACGGUGUUGGUGGAUGAUGAGGAUAGUAAUCAACCGGUCAGCAUACCACUUUCCUCUCAGGCGUCUUCUUCACGCCCUCGACGAUCCUGCGCUAAUCGUAUUAAGGAUUACUCCGCCUUCGAGAAGUAUAGUCCGGCAAAGGAAGAGCGGAAUCCUACGGCAAGCAAGAAACCACCGAUCGUGACCCCGUUGAAGAUCAUUAACGUUCAAUCGCCGAACGCAAUGAAGGUGGUAAAGAGUCCUUCACUUCGGAUGUUUUCCUCGAGCGUUACGGAAGAGGCCGGCAAGCCGCUUCCUCCAAACGAGUGGCCAUCAACACCGAAAUCUGUUAAAUUAGCACCAGUUUUUGCUCGUACGCUGAUGGGUGGAAAAACACAGCCCCCACAGGAGGAUCCGGAGAAGGUGCGCGCACGCCAAUUGUUCCUGAUGUCAGGAAUACCGGAAAAGAUGCGUCAGGAGCGCGAAAAGCGUGCGAUAUACGAAGAUUGCGUGCUAAAUGAAUCACCCGUAUUUCCGCUGGUGAGUCACGUGAUGCAAUUGGGCGAGAAGAUGCUUCCCACUACACCAACGAAGAUCAAUUUUGCUCAAAGUUGUAUUAAGCUGCGUCCGGAUGAGGUGGAAUCGCCAUCGAGAAAAGGUACGCCAAAAGGUGGAAAGAUUCGUUUUGGAAUGUUCACCGCGUGUAGCGAGUAUGAGUUCGAACAAGCGCUAGAUAAAUUGGUCCAACAGAUUCACGUUGAUGGAAGGGACGAAGAAGAUAAUGGUAGCGCGGAACACGAGGAGCUGCCGGAAGUGGAAAAUGUGAAGGAGAUCGUGCGUGAUUACAAGCAGCGCUUUCCGCACUUUCCCGUGUUUCGAUGCUAUAAACAGUUCCGUGCCAUCUAUAAAGAUUAUCAGCAGCCCGGUGAAAUGCAACCGGACGAGUGCACAAAACCCAACGGAACGCACCGAAACGCAGCAGAUGAGAGCUUCGAAAUCAUCGAACCCAAGUUUAGCUGUAGGAAUGGCGAAUCUUUGUUCACGGAAAAAUACAAACCACAAAACACGGAACAGAUUCUGAUCAACUUUUCGCCCGCGAACAUGCUGACUCAGUUUCUGUCGCUUUGGCAGGAUGAAGCGGGAAGCCAGAAGCGCUCGAACGAAACGUUCACCCAAGGCGGCCACUACUUUAUGUCGACCGAAAAGGAUGAUGAUACGGAUUUUCUCCUUGCCAGUGAGAGCAGCAGCUCAUCGGCCACCGGACCUGGUACGAAUGUUUGCAAUCACGUCGUGCUGGUCGGACCACCCGGUUGCGGUAAAACGUCCAACGUGUAUGCCGUUGCGAACGAGAUGAACUUUAACGUGCUGGAAAUCAACGCCAGCAGUCGACGGAAGGGCAAGAUAAUACUGCAGGAACUCCUCGAAGCGACACAGAGCCACCAGGUGCGCCAGAAAACGGAACGUUCCAACUCAACCGAUGGGUUGCUGAUAAAUGGCCGCCAGAAGGGAAGUGGGCGCGGGAAGAACGGUCUGAACGGUAUGUUUCGCUGUCUCGAGCGAAGGCCAUCGUUUAGUGAAGCGAAUGGGUCGAAAAAGCUGUCGCUCAUACUGAUCGAAGAUGCGGACAUUGUGUUCGAGCAGGAUGAUGGUUUUUUGGCCGCGAUUAAUCAGCUAAUUGCGUCCUCGAAGCGUCCGAUCGUGCUGACGACGACAAAUCCAUCAUGUGCCCAUAUGGCACGAUACAUGGCGAGGAACAAUGUGAUCCGAUAUGUUGCACCUGGCAUUGGGAAUGUUUCAAAGUUCCUGUCGCUGUUGGCACUCGUCGAGAGGAUACCGAUUGAUCAGCAAGAUCUGGGACGGUUGUACGCGUACAACGGCAAGGAUAUGCGGAAAACUCUUAACGAGCUGCAGUUUUUCAUCCAAAGUGGAGGCGAUCUGGAACGAUUCCCAUCCACGGGCGAACGGAGUGAACUGCAGGAUGAAGACGAUGAAGAAUUAAACACGGCACUAAACGAAACGCGCGAAGAAGAGGAAGGCGGAGAGCAAGAGUUGAUGGGAGGAGAGCAUCGUUUACCGGGGAAGAAAAAUGGCCGGAAAAAGGGCACUAAAAGUGAACCGAUCAAGCACCAACACCAUCAUCGCACACUGUACGAGCUGUUUACACGCAAUCAAAACGAAUCAAUCCUGCUUCGCAUACCGUUGGAUUUUAAUGUGCUGUGGUGUAAUAUGGAGCUGGUAUUAAGGAUGGCAGCAACGAUUAUUCCUACCAUUAGCAUUAGCACCGGUGUGCAGAGUGAUAAAAAGAAGCGAAACAGUUCUGCUGGCAAGCGUCGUAAGCGUGGAAGUAUUGUACGGGAUGAAACGGUUAAAGCUCCGGAUGUAUUGGUAUGUGAAGAGUUGGCUUGGUUGUAUGAGAACAUAAGCCACGCGGAAGCUGGUUGGGGUGUAACGCAGCGGAAUCGGAUACGGUACGGGAAGGACGUACAGGAUGAGCAACAGCAGCAGCAACUAGCGAACGAGCUAGGUCAUGCACUGGUGGAAGGAUCGUGGAUUGAGUGGUUUAGCAGGGAUAGUAGUGACACGAGAGGCGUGCGGAAGACAGCGGGCGGUGAGGAUCCAAUCGGUGCCAAAGCGUACGAUGCAUUGCGGAAGAUGGAACAGGAACCAAGGCAAACCAUAUCUUCAUACAUUGGCGUCAACGGAAUACGAUCACGUGUUACCGCUUGCGAUUACGAACCACUGCUGCGUCAAAUCUGUCGCCACGAACGAGACCGAUUCCUUACGGAAAGACGUGGAAGCCGGUUUUAUCACUAUUUGCGUAAUUUUACCGGUGCAAAUGGAGCCACACCGCAGCAGAUCGUACCGUCAUCCUCCACUAUGCAGUCGAUGAGCAGCUCUGCUUCAGGGCUGACGGGAUUUAGUGUCGAUCAUCUUGACGCGCUUAGCCACUGUUUCGAGGAGCAACAGAGGUUGACAGACAGUGGGACGGAUUAA